UUUUUUAUACUACACCAAAUGAUAAUGUGAUAAUAGAUAUCAGGUUAAAGCCACAAAUAUAAAUACUUUACUAGAUUGCUGUUUAUUAUCCAUAUUUGUGGUUGAAACAACAAAAGAUUUUUAAACAUUUUUGUUUUGCUCGUGACUUUUUUAUUAUUGUAGAGGACUGCCAAUCACUUAAACUAGCUUACUCUAAAUCUUUUGACUUGUUAAAUUUUAGUUAAAUUUUUAAUGUUAUCUAAUAUUGCAUAUCUAAAUAAAUAUUAAAAAGUCAAAAUAAAAUAAUUUGUUGUUUAUGAAUUAUUGUUUGUUGCUUAAUUUUACAACGUGUAUAGAUUAAAGUUUUAAUCGCUAUGUCCGCUGCUACCAAGUGUGUUGAAAACUGUAUGCGAAUGAAAUUACAGGAUCGUCUUAAACCUCAAGUUUUACAACUUAUUAAUGAAUCUUAUAUGCAUAAUGUUCCAAAAGAUGCUGAAACUCAUUUUAAAGUUGUUGUAGUAUCUGAAGAAUUCGAGGGUAUGUCAUUAAUAAAGAGACAUCGGUUAGUUAAUGAUAUUUUAGCUAAUGAGCUAAAAUCUGGUGUACAUGCCCUAUCUAUAGUUGCUAAAGCACCUGGCCAAUGGACAAAUGAAUCAGUCGAGCCUAGUCCUAAUUGUCGAGGAGGUUUUGGAAAAUAAAUGUAUUAUUUUAAUCAACAACCUAAAUUUAUAAUAAUUAGUUUCCUAUAUAUGUAUACUUGUUAUUAUAUCUAAAAUGAAAUGGUUUAUAUUGUUUAAUUGUGAUAAUAAAUAGCUACUUGCUUUGUAAAUCUUGAA